UGAAAUCAUGGGAUUUUCUAUCUCCUGAGAGAGAAAGAGAAAGAUUAACAUAAAGAUAAAGAUAAAACAAAGGGUUCUCAACAGACCCUAAAGCCUUCUUCCCAAAGGAAACUUUCACUUCCUUGAUAUAUAUAUAUAUAUAUAUAUAUAUAUAUUUGUAUCAUCUAAUAAUCUAACAAUCGACAUGGCCAUAUUUGACCUCCACCAUCCAUGGAUCUUCGUGUUCGGUGUCUUAGGAAACAUUAUCUCCAUAUUGGUCUUCUUAGCUCCAGCGCCAGCAUUCCGGCGAAUCUGCAAAGAAAAAUCGACCAUGGGUUAUCAAUCGGUGCCAUACGUGGUAGCACUAUUUUCGUCCAUGUUGUGGAUGUAUUAUGCAUUUAUCAAGAAAAAUGCGAUUCUGCUCGUCUCCAUCAACUCCUUUGGUUGCAUUGUCGAGACCAUUUACAUUUCCAUUUUCAUUCUCUACGCAUCCAAGGAGGCUAGGAGGCAGACGGUGCAGCUUUUGGUAUUAUUGAUCGGAGGAUUGUACACACUCAUAUUUCUAAUCACUUUAUUCCCUUUGAAUGGAGCCCUUCGAGUGCAAGUUGUGGGUUGGAUUUGUGUAACCGUAGCAGUGGCUGUUUUUGCAGCACCUCUUAGCAUUGUGUUUCAAGUGGUUCGGACAAAGAGUGUGGAAUUCAUGCCCUUCACCCUCUCUUUCUUUCUUACUUUGAGUGCUAUCAUGUGGUUUGGCUAUGGUCUCCUUCUAAAGGACUUGUGUAUUGCACUGCCGAAUGUAUUGGGUUUCUUCCUGGGAAUGAUUCAGAUGUUGUUGUACGGGCUUUACCGAAACACGAAGCCAGCAGCAGAUUUAGAGAAAAAAGUUCCUGAGCAUGUAAUAAACAUGGUCUCCGUAGGAAACUCAGAACAGAUACAUCCUCUUAAUUCCGAGGAUAUCAUCAAGAAUACUCCCGAUAAAGAAGAAAACAGGCCGGAAAGCACCGUAAGCUCAGUACCUGUGGCAAACGGCCAUGAGAAUGAAGAACGUCCCGCCGACCAAUUACUGGCACAAGUUAACUUCCAAGCGCUUCAAACACCGGUGCUUGUGCUCUGUGCUGCAUGAACUUCAGUCUUUUAAUUCAUCUUUUAUUAUUUAACCGUUUAGAUGCUUGUAUGUUUCGAUGCUUUUUUAAAAAAAAAAUUAUUUGUAAUUGAUAUUAUAGAUAUCCCCUACCACCUUCGGUUUCCAUUCUUUGUAUAAACAGGAAAAGAGAAAUUUAAGAAUCAAAAGGCCGCUAUAUUAUUUA